AUGGGUCUCCUACACGAAAAGGUCGUUGUCAUUACUGGCAGCUCCAGUGGUAUUGGCCGUGGAUGCGCAUUUGAGUGUGCAGCGCAGGGUGCUAAAAUCGUUCUCCACCACCUGGGGACUUCGCAGACAGAACAAGACGCGAAAGCACUGCAGGAUGAGCUACGCAACCAGUUCUUCACCACCUCUAUCGUAUAUGGAGUCGACUUGACCGACGACGAAGGGCCGCAAAAGCUAAUUGAUGCCGCUGUCUCUCGCCUGGGUCAUAUUGACAUCCUCGUCAAUAAUGCAGCCAUCUUCAAGCCGCUGCCCGCUGACCAGGUGACGAAGUCUGUUGUUGCAAACCACGCGAAUGUCAAUUUUGUCGCUUUAUACUUGGUUACUCAGGCUGCUACCAGGCACAUGGUGGAAAGGGGCAACGGUGGCAGCAUUGUGACAAUCUGCUCAAACACUGCGGUUGUGGGGACUAGCAACGUUGCUCACUACGCCGGUAGCAAGGCUGCUGGCUUGGCUCUGAUGCAGAAUCUUGCUGUGGAGUACGGCCCACAUGCUAUCAGAUACAACUGUGUCCUCCCCGGGCCAACAGAUACCCAGAUGGUUGCAGAAUAUGUGAAUGAUCCGAAGGAAAGGGAGGCAAUGAAUGCUAGAUGCCCAAUGGGGAGGAUAGCAACGCCCACGGACAUUGCUCGAUCGGUUGUUUUCUUUGCAAGCGAUCUCUCCAGCUUUGUCACUGGGCAGCAUAUCGUGGUUGAUGGAGGGAGCUCCUAUCGCUUCUUGUAG